UAUAUGUUUUUCAGUGUGUACAAGUUUUUUAAGAAACAGUAUAUGACUUUUUAUAUAUAUAUUUAUAUAAUUAUAGUGUUCAUAGCAAGACUACAAUUGGCAUAUCAAAUUCGUGUAUGCUUAUGCUAUGUAGCAUGAGGGUCUGUCUGGCCAGCUUUUUAUGGCCUCCAUCGAAUAGACCCCAUCCCCCACCAUCCACCCCAUCAAAAUACAGACAAAACUAGUGUCUCGAUUUGUUUUUGUUUUUCCUACAACCAAGUGUGAACCGGUCUGUUGUUUAGAAUGACAGUAAAUCUAGAGGUCUAGUAAAUGUCAAGGCAACAACAAUGCAAAUGACAACAGAGAAGCCGUCGCAAUGCGAACGAGUUGACAAAUUUUACUGGUUUCAUUUUUAUACCCUGAUCCAAUUGAAAAUGGGAAUUAAUGGUGUUGUUAAACCGCAUGUAAUAGACAGAUGGCAGCGACGCAGACCUCAUAAUAAAAAUAUAGUAUUAGUAUUGAUCAGGAUGAGAAGCUGAGUCGACUUAGCCGAUUGAGUCUGCCUGUCUAUUGGACGGACAGAUAGACAGGCAGACUCAAUGGUAUACUCAGCACCAAUGUACCCGUGAAAUCAGCACGGCUGCAAGAAACAACCGCAAUAUGCAACAGGCGAUGGUUAGCAGCAACGAACACUUUAAUGGUCGCCACUCGGCAUCACCGGCACGCACCAUAGACUCGCACGACUCAACAACUGGCAGUAUGGAUACAAUUGUGGAUCGCAGUUUUAAUCGAGAGGAUUUGUUGCAGAUGGGGAAUACAAUUGAGCAGAACAAUGUCGGCGGCAGCUUGACUAAUUCACAAAAAGCGACGCUCCAACAGCAUCCGCAACAGCCAGAUCAGCAGCGAGAACAACAGGAUACACGUCAGAAUUUGGAUAGUCAGAGCCACAUAUAUUCGAGUCCCGUCUAUGAUGAGAAACCUUCGCCGCCAUUGAAACUAACAGCUGACACAUUGCUGGCCAAUGCGCUGUAUGUGGCCAACGUAGAUGAUUCUGCAGAAAAGCCAAAGCUCAUAAGUCACGAAGAGUUCAAGCAGCAACUGGAGGUGGCAAUGGCUACACGUACUCCGGCCGUAUUGCAGGUCAAGAGUAUUAGCAAUACCAUCGAUUCGCGUAUUAGCAAGAAGCAGCGCUGCCCCCCGGAAUUUAUCAAGUAUAAGGGUGGCCGUGGUAGACGGAGCAGCGAUAGUGGAGCCAAUGGUUCCACACUGUCAGCCAAGGAGCGGUGUAAGCAUCGGGCCAGCAAUGAAUGCUGCUCAGCAUUCCCAUUGCAAAUCGUACUAGGCGCAUUGCAACUUGUUUUAGCCAUUUUAUUGGUGGCGCUGGGCUCCCUGCUAAUAGUGCGCGACGCAGCCUUAUCUAUGGCCGGCUGCGGCAUAUGGACGGGUUUGAUUGCCUCCAUCACCGGGUCGCUGGGCGCGGUCAGCAUGCGCAAAACCCAAACGGCCUUUCUAGCACUCAGUUUGGUCUGCAUUGCCAGCAGCACGUUGGCGCUGGCCAUUUCUGGAGUGGGCCUGUCGCGAGACCUCAAUCGCAUGGCCGAGCAAAAAAGUGAGCAGUUUGACCUGAUCAAUGCUCAUAGCGAACUUUCAGCUGCUUGUGGACUAAUAUUUGCCCUAUUUUUACACUUCGUGGUCAGCAUUGUUUCGGUUUAUCGUUGCGCCCUGCAGAUUUGCACAAAAUCACAACGUAGUGAAAUACGUGAUGUAAUUAUAAAGUCGAACUUAUCGGAUAUUACAUUUGAUCAACAAAAGGUGGAUCAAUACAUGAAUGCAAUGCCCCUUAAUUCCAGCGAAAACGUAAAAAACGAGAAACUAGCAGCCAUGUGGAUGUAUGCUACACAUACGGGUACCUUGUCGCACCCACAGUCAUCAGUGCGCAAGUUCACGUCCCCAUCACAUUCCAUCAUACUCAUAUCAGCUGGUAAUGGGAUACCGCCGCCCCCUCCAACACGCUUGCCUCCCGCACCAUCCUGCGUUGGAGGUGGCAUGCAGCUGGCUGUGCUGCCGCCGCAAUAUAAACGUAUGACGCUGCCCUAUAUGAAGUCGGGAUCUCUGCUCUAUGCCCAUCCGGCCAGUUUAACAGGCACCUAUCGCACCCCUAAGAGCACCAAAUCAGCGGAGUUGAAUGGACAGCGACGUCGGUGUCGUGUCGCUGGCAAGACAGAUGGGAUUCGCCGCCAACGCCGGAGGUCCGAGCCGGAUGUUUUGGAUGGGGCAGUCACUUUUCAAUAUACAGGCCUGGAUCGUGCGAUAGCUGACAAUUUCCUGGCACGCCAGGAGCAAUCGCAAGCAAGCUGCCACAUUGAUUACUCUUCAUCCACGUCUUCGCCGCACAGCGAUAUCUACAGACAGCAAGCAGUUGCUGGCUCCCAUGCCACAAGUAAAGCAAAGAUUGUUUGCCGCGAUGUGGUGAUGUAGUAUUGAGCAAUUAGGCCCGAGUAGUCCCAAAUUACGUUCAGCAAUAUCUUCUCCAAGUAACUGCCAUGACCCCUUUUUUUCAAAUUCUAUGCACAGUGAGAUCCGGACAAUUCAAAAUGACACGGGACUAACAUUUAUUUUACGGAUUCUCGAUUUGUCGAGAUUUUCAUUUAACGAGGCUCAAAAAAUGCCAGCUUGUUUUUGGGGUAUGCAAAAUAAACUCAUUUUUGUGUAGAAUUGGCGUGAUUGUUGAUAGAGCUAUUUUAAAUUAUUUUACCACCUCGAUUCUCGGCGUUACUAUCUGCAAAACCUAAAGGUAGUUUAA